CGCCCCAGUCCGUCCCGUCUUGGCCCAUCCCCUGGGAGAAAGCUCUGAGCCUCCGAGGGUCAGCCCCAGCCCCGCGGUUCGCCCCCUGUGUGUGCUGCACCGCUCUCCCACUCUGUCCCCGCGGCCCCCCACCCUCCGAUCAUGGCUCCGCAGCCCCUGUACCACAAAGAAUUCGCCCAGGCUGGCCUCCAGCCGGGCCUGCAAGUGUGGCGCAUCGAGAAGAUGGAGCUGGUGCCAGUGCCCCCCGAGCAGCACGGCAGCUUCUACAUCGGGGACGCCUAUCUGGUGCUCUGCACUCGCCAGGGGCCUCGUAACGGCUUCUCCUACCGCCUGCACUUCUGGCUCGGGAAGGAAUGCACUCAAGAUGAGAGUGGAGCAGCUGCCAUCUUCACCAUGCAAAUGGAUGACUAUCUUGGUGGGAAGCCCGUGCAGAGCCGAGAAAUGCAAGGCUAUGAGACCACUGACUUUGUCGGCUAUUUCAAAGGAGGGAUGACAUACAAGGUUGGAGGUGUGGCAUCUGGAUUCAAUCACAUCAUCACAAAUGAUCUGACUGCUGAGAGACUAUUGCAUGUUAAGGGCCGCCGGGUGGUCCGUGCCACAGAGGUCCCCCUCAGCUGGACCAGCUUCAACAAGGGAGACUGCUUCAUCAUUGAUCUUGGAACGGAAAUCUACCAGUGGUGCGGCUCGUCCUGUAACAAGUAUGAGCGCCUGAAGGCCAACCAAGUGGCCAUUGACAUCCGAGACUCUGAGAGGAAUGGAAGAUCCCAACUGAUUGUCGUGGAAGAUGGGAAUGAGCCCCCAGAGCUCCUCAAGGUUUUAGGGCAGAAGCCGGAGCUGAGGGAUGGAGACGUAGAUGAUGACACUGUAGCGGACGUCACCAACAGGAAAAUGGCCAAACUGUACAUGGUUUCUGAUGCUACGGGGGCCAUGAAAGUGUCGGUGGUCGCAGAAGAAAACCCGUUUUCGAUGGGAAUGCUGCUGUCGGAGGAGUGUUUUAUCUUGGACAACGAGGGUGCAAAGCAGAUUUUUGUGUGGAAAGGCAGAGAUGCCAACCCGGAGGAGAGGAAGGCGGCCAUGAAGACGGCAGAGGAGUUCCUGCAGGAAAUGAGCUACCCCCUCAACACCCAAAUUCAAGUUCUCCCGGAGGGAGGGGAAACCCCAGUCUUCAAGCAGUUUUUUAAGGACUGGAAAGACAAGGACCAAAGUGAUGGCUUUGGAAAAGUGUAUGUCACUGAGAGAGUGGCCAGGGUCCAGCAGAUUCCAUUUGAUGCCCAAAGGUUACACGAAUGUCCCCAGAUGGCAGCCCAACACAACAUGGUGGAUGAUGGCUCUGGGUCUGUGGAGAUCUGGAGAGUGGAGAGUAAUGGCAGAGUCCCAGUGGACCCAAAGACUUAUGGAGAGUUCUAUGGGGGAGACUGCUACAUCAUACUGUACACCUACUCCAAAGGACAGAUCAUCUAUACCUGGCAAGGCGCUCAUGCCACCCGAGAUGAGCUGACCACCUCUGCUUUCUUGACCGUUCAGCUGGACCGCUCCUUGGGAGGGAUGCCUGUGCAGGUCCGUGUCUCUCAAGGCAAGGAGCCUGCGCACUUGCUGAGCCUGUUCAAAGACAGACCCCUCAUUAUUUACAAGAACGGGACUUCCAAGAAAGAAGGACAGGUGCCUCCUGCCCCUACACGCCUCUUUCAGAUCCGUCGGAACCUCGGCUCCAUCACCAGGAUCGUGGAGGUGGAUGUGGCCGCAGAUUCACUGAAUUCCAAUGACGUUUUUGUCCUGAAACUGCCCCGGAAUAGCGGCUACACCUGGAUUGGGAGAGGAGCCAGCUCAGAGGAGGAGAAGGAAGCUGAGUACCUGAGGAGUGUUCUGAAGUGCCAGGCCACCAAGAUCUCCGAAGGUCAAGAGCCAGAGGAAUUCUGGGCUGCUCUGGGCGGGAAGAAAGCAUACCAGACAUCACCACUGCUCGAAACCCAGGUGGAAGACCACCCUCCUCGGCUCUUUGGCUGCUCCAACAAGACGGGCCGCUUUCUUAUUGAGGAGGUUCCAGGAGAAUUCACCCAGGAUGACUUAGCGGAAGACGACGUCAUGCUGCUGGAUGCCUGGGAACAGAUAUUUCUCUGGAUCGGCAGAGAAGCGAAUGAAGUGGAAAAAUCAGAAUCCAUGAAGUCUGCCAAGGCCUACCUUGACACGGAUCCUUCCGGGAGAGACCGGAGAACUCCCAUCAUCAUCGUCAAACAGGGGUACGAGCCUCCCACGUUCACCGGCUGGUUUCUGGGCUGGGACGCAAGCAGAUGGUAAAAACAGGGCAUUGGAGAAUUCCUGGCCAAAGGCAAUUUUGUAAGGACCACCACCUCAGGCCGGACCCCCUUGUGUAUGCUGCAUAUUUUUCAUAAGCCAGGACUUCUUACACUGAUGGCAGAAAGGACAGACUCUGAUGGGAAAUGUUGGGUCAUCAGGUUGGGCACAUGGGACCCCCAUGACUUUUCAAAGGCAGACACUGAGACCUGACAAGGCUGUGGGAUCAUAAGGGACUUUAGAGGCUGUGGAGUCAAAGCUUCUCAUUUGAAAGGUGAGGAAAGGGAGACUGGGGAGGGGGGGAGGGGCUCAGUGG